CUCAGACCUCUGCUCGGCCGGCGGCAGCUCUGCUCUGCAGCCUCCGCUGCCACCUCCGUGGCUCCCUCGCAGGAUCGGCCCUUUCUUCGCCCGGUGAGGUGCAGAGAUGAGCCACGCCAGACCCCGCUAUGUCAUCGAACGUCCUGCAUAUUCCGUCAGCCUCUUUGAUGAAGAGUUCGAGAAGAAAAGCAGAAGUUACCCCAUUGGGGAGAAGUUGAGAAACCUUUUCAGGUGUUCAGCUUCCAGAUUGAAGCUCUUCCUCUUCAGCCUUUUCCCAAUACUCGCGUGGCUUCCCAAGUAUAAAAUUAAGGAGUACGUUUUGCCUGAUGUCCUCGGUGGGCUCAGUGCGGGGACGAUUCAAGUGCCACAAGGGAUGGCUUUUGCGCUGCUGGCCAACCUGCCUCCCGUCAAUGGGCUCUACUCCUCCUUCUUCCCCCUGCUAACAUACCUCUUCCUUGGCGGUAUCCAUCAGAUGGUCCCAGGUACUUUUGCAGUCAUCAGCAUUAUCGUCGGCAACGUCUGCAACGAGCUGGCUCCGGAGUCGGACUUCCAGUACUCCACCCACAACGAGACCGGCAUCAACACCACAGCCCUGGAAGCGGCCAGGCUGGAGAUCUCUGCCACGCUGGCCUGCCUGACAGCCAUCAUACAACUGUGCCUGGGAUUCGUGCAGUUUGGCUUUGUUGCUAUCUACCUCUCAGAGUCUUUCAUCAGGGGCUUCAUGACAGCAGCAGGGCUGCAGAUCCUCAUCUCCGUGCUCAAGUACGUCUUCGGCUUGACGGUCCCAUCUUACACCGGGCCCUUAGCUAUCGUCUAUACAUUCAUUGACAUUUGUAAAGGCCUGCCCCAAACCAACGUGGCCUCCCUGAUCUAUGCCUUGGUCAGUGCUGUGCUCCUGAUCGUUGUCAAGGAGCUCAACCUCAAGUACAUGAAGAAGAUCCGGAUGCCCAUCCCCAUGGAGAUCAUCAUCGUAAUAGUUGCGACUGCAAUCUCUGGCAGCUUUCAGAUGCCUGAGAAGUACAACAUGCCAGUAGUUGGGAAGAUCAGCAUGGGGUUCCCAGCCCCAACCCUGCCCAUGGUGAGCAAGUGGAAGGACAUGAUCGGCACGGCCUUCUCGCUGGCCAUCGUGGGCUACGUGAUCAACUUGGCCAUGGGGAGGACCCUGGCAGCCAAGCACGGCUAUGACGUGGACCCCAACCAGGAAAUGCUGGCCCUGGGCUGCAGUAACUUCUUCGGAUCCUUCUUCAAAAUCCACGUCAUCUGCUGUGCGCUCUCUGUCACCCUCGCUGUGGAUGGGGCAGGAGGGAAAUCACAGGUGGCAAGUUUCUUUGUGGCAAUGGUGGUAAUGGUGACUAUGCUGGCCCUGGGGAUCUACCUUGAACCCCUUCCAAAGUCCGUCCUGGGAGCCCUCAUCGCCGUGAACCUGAAGAACUCCCUCAAGCAGCUGGCCGACCCCUUCUACCUGUGGAAGAAGAGCAAGCUGGACUGCCUGGUCUGGCUGGUGAGCUUCCUGUCCGCCUUCUUCCUGAGCCUGCCCUACGGAGUCGCUGUGGGCGUGGGAUUUUCCGUGUUGGUUGUGGUUUUCCAUACCCAGUUCCGGAACGGUUCUGCCCUGGGCCAAGUAACCUCCACGGACAUCUACAAGAACCCAAAGGCCUACAACAAGGUGCAUGAGCUUAACGGGAUUAAGAUCGUGACCUACUGCUCGCCACUGUAUUUUGCCAACUCGGAGAUAUUCCGGGAGAAGAUCAUAGCCAAGACCGGGGUGGAUCCGGGUAAAGUGUACUUAGCCAGGAAGAAAUAUGUGAAGCGGCAGGAGAAGGGGACAGCGCAACCACCAACGAAGCUGCCGAAAUUCUUACUGAGGCAGAACAAGACCUUGUCUUUGCAAGAGCUCCAGAAAGACUUUGAAAGCACCUCUCCAACAGAUACCAACAACAACCAGACGACCGCUAAUGGUGCCAGCAUCUCUUACGUCACGUUCCGCCCGCCUGCCAACGGCGCCGGGCAGGGGCACAGCUCCGGGGAGCUGGGCAGCACCACCAGCCUGCAAGGAAGCACCUUCAGCAUCAUGCCCACAGCAGAUGUUGACCCUAUGGCCACGGCACCGCCCUAUGUCAGCUUCCACACCAUCAUCCUGGACAUGAGCGGGGUGUGCUUUGUUGACCUCAUGGGCACAAAAGCCCUGGGCAAGCUGUGUUCCAGUUACCAGAAGAUUGGGAUUAAAGUGUUUUUGGCCAACGUGCAUGCUCAGGUGUACAACGACAUUAGCACAGGUGGAGUCUUUGAAGAAGGAGGCCUGGACCAAAACCACAUCUUCUUAACAAUCCAUGACGCUGUUUUGUUUGCACUGGCAAAUAUCAAAGAAGUCGUCCACCCGCCCAUCUUAGAAGAGAGGCCGAACCAGACGGAGCUCUCCAUCUAUGACGAGUCUGUGGAUGAAAGCAGCUCAGAGUUCAGGAACUUGGAGGAGGAGAUGUUUGGAAGCAUGUUCCGCUCAGAGACCCAGACAGCGCUGUGAGCCUGAGUGCUGCAAACCCUCCCGGACAGCCUCCUCGCUCCCACCCCUUCACGAAGAGCUGAGCUCCCACCCGGGGAUACAAUAAGCUUGCAAAGCGAGAGGCCAUCACACCUCUUGAACUGGUAAAUUCCUCCCUCCUGCUCUGCCGCUGGUGCUCAGAGAGGCGGAGCAGGCAACGGGACACUUCAGAAGCAGGAACUCAGGAAACGCCGUCCCCUGAUCGCGGAAGAGAAGCGAGUUCACUUGAUGGCAGGUGCCUUGAUAAUGGGAUGAUCAGUUGGUUUUGCCAAGUGCUCUCCUUUCUCACACAACCGCACUCUUUGGCCCAAAAGGCAUUACAUAAUUUGGUGUCAACCACGACAUUUGGGCAUCCCCCCUCUUUCUUUGCCUUCCUCCUUGUUUUCCCUGAUGAAGUGAAACUAAGCAAUGAUUACGAGCCUUUCACCGUUCUGAAUCAUGAGCAAAAGCAACUCUUGCAAGGUGCAGAUUUGUCAGGUAAUGUUGUUUUUAAAUGUGCACUGGUCAUCGGGGUGUCCUCACUGUGGGUGCAAACCUUUGUGUUCCCCUGAGCUUUGGUAGCACCCACUCUAAGCUUUUCUGUGCCCCUGCGAUGCUCCUGCUCUGCUCCCUGUGCGACCCAGAGACCCAGAACCACUGCCCCAAAUCACUGCUGUACCUCUCACACCCUGAAGACCUUAGUAUAGUAUCUCCAUUGGGCUACUUUCUGGAUUACAUUUUUUCUUAAUAAUAGGAAUAGUUUGUAAUCGGAUGUAAGAAUUCCUUGCUCCUGUGUGCGAUGUGUGCCUGCCUGGUAGGUUGGGUGCAUGUUCAGAAAAAAAAAACAGGGCCCAGUUCAAACCCCCUCUGAAGUUUUUUAAGCAUCUUUCUGCUGACUGAGCAGGGCUUCACAUAUGGUUCUUAGACUGUGAAUGUCAUGAAAGCAUUAAUUCCAGGGGUGUACAGCCUCUUUUUCUUUGUAGACUGAAGUAACUAAACGAUUCAGUCCAGCACAUGGGUGAGUGUUUCAGGAGAUACGCUUUUUCCCAAAUCACUUUGAUCACAAGCAGGAAAUCCAGGGACAGGGAGGAUGCCCCUUCUGCACACUUCUCAUGAAGUCCUAGAUCCAGAGCAGUAAAACUGAAAUGUCAGUGCUUUUCAUGCCUGCAUCUAGGAAACAGCCCAAGUGACACCCUGUGCUACAGAGGGCUUCUGAUGACAAGCUCUUAAAUGGUCACUCGGGCAGCAAGAGAAAACGCUUUUUCACAUGUGAUAUGUCCACAACAAUUCUCUACUGCAUGUUUGACAAUUUUCAUUAAAAUUCAUCACAGACUGAUGUUACCAGGACCAUCUACCUCUCAGGCACACAAGCCUGACUCACUAACCCAGAGACAGACAGAUGAGAUCUUAAUCAUUUCUGGCAUUCUUUUAUAUUUGAGUGAUGCUAAUAGCAAGUGCUAUUUUAAUUCCCCUUCCUGAUGCCUUCCUUUCUUACCCAGUGCUAAUGUUGUGACAGUAAUGACAAGAUAACAAUAUAAAGCCUGAAAAAAAAUAGGCAGAAGCCAAGGGUUAAAGGAACCCUUCCUCAGUGCAUUUCAACCUCAAAUUCGGCUUUUAUGAAAACAAGGUUAUGAAAAAAAAUUAAGACAAAGACACAGACUGCUAUGUCUUCAAUUGCAAUGAAAGCAACUUCUUCUGUUUGAAUUUCAAAUCCUCCUACAAAGUAUUUCCAGCACUGGGAUAAAAUACAAAAGUCAACAAGCAAAACUGAACAGUAAUGGAAGUAAAACUGGUCAGUCUGUUAUAUUUCCAUGAAUGCAAAAAAAUAAAGAGUGGCCUUAAUAAUGAAAGUAUAUUAUAUUUUUAAAGGUUAUUUCUAUUUUAUUACUCAAAGAUAUUAAAAAAUUUAACAAGCUUUAAUGUACAAUUUUGAAGUACAUAUACAUUAUUGAGCUGAUUCGUUAACACAUUGCUGGAAAGCUUUCUGGGGAGAGAAAGUGGAGCUUCCCUACAGCUCCCAAAUGUCCCAUUUUUAAGGAAAACAGAGCUUCAUGAACCAUCAUAGCUAGACAACCGUUACAGGUAACAGCAUCAGGACCCUGCCAGUUUGGUUUUAUGUAACACCUCAUUAACUAAGUCACCAUUUCUCUACCUCAGUUUCUGAUUAUGUGGUGCAGGAGAGUAAUAAAACCAAAGAAAGUUAGUUUCCCAAAAGAAAAACCCGCCUGCUAAUAGUACUUAUUUUGAUCUGAGACAGCAGUGGUUCUUCCAGAACUGUGUUUUGUUGUACAAGUUAAAAUUAAGGGCUGAAUUAUCUUAAACUAUCUCUGAGGGUGACUACUUAUGGUCUUUUUACUACUGCCUGAGCGCUUCUUUUAUCUGCUCAUUUAAAAAAGGCAACAAAGAAAUUGAUGCAAUGGAAGAAGUUAUUCUACAGUAAGUAAUCAAUAUGUCUGUAUCUCUGAGGUAGCAUUGCUUUAAAUGAGGAAAAAUUCCAAUUUCCCAUUCCUCGUUCAGGGUUAGUAAUAGGAAACCGAUUUCUCAGGGCCUGCCAGACCUAACCCAGGAAGCCUCGGAGCAACAGACCACGUAUAAAAACAGAUUGUAUUUUCUGAAGUUCCUGUAAGCUUAAUGGGUGGAAUGUCAAGAGAGAUGGCUUGCAAGCAGCAGCACUGACUACACGCUUUGCGAUCGCGAUGGCCCAGGAGGAAUGAUGCCUCAUUUCUGUAGCCAUGGGCCAAUUCUGGCAAUAAAUGUAACACCAGAGGACAGAUGAUAUUCCUGGAGGCACAACCUAGCCAGCUCCAAGUCUUCAUUUCCAUGUGCCUGGACAAAAGAAUUGGGGAAGCUCAAAUUUAUGCUGGGGUAGAAAAUUUUAAUUUCCAGUGUCCCUUUACUGCUCUUAAAAUAACAGUUAUGUUUCUGUGUAAUGGCUCUGAAGCCUUACCUGAUAAAUGCAUGAUGUAUAACCAGCUCAAAAUGUUUGUAAUUUAUUUAAUUUAAUAUUGGUUUUGUUCUUUUUUUGAUAAUAAAGAAUGUGUGAACAAUCA